CUUUUCAUUAACCUUUUCCUUCCUUUUUUUAUCUCUUUUUUCUUUUUCGUUUGUACUCUAUUGGUACUUCCAUUCUUAUCCUAACAUGUCGCAUGUUCCCACUUUUGGAUCGUUGGACGAGAUUUACGACAAAACGACCCUUGGGAAACAAGGGGUUCGUUACAACCAACUUAUCGAAAAGUUUACUGAACUGUACGGUCGUCAGCCUGAAUUUAUUGCUCGCUCACCUGGUCGUGUGAAUUUAAUCGGCGAACACAUCGAUUACUGUGGUUUUGGUGUGCUACCCAUGGCGAUUGAACGAGACGUCGCGAUUGCUGUUGCUUGCACGGACGAAACGACCGAAGUCCAAAUCGCCAAUAUGAAUCCGAAAUAUCAUGCACGUAAAUUCAAUUACGAAGGCAAGGACGGGAUUGUAACAAUUGAUUCCACCGUCUUGGAAUGGUCCAAUUAUUUCAAAUGCGGUUACAAGGGUAUGCUUGAACGUGCGGAAAACAUCGAUCGUCCCAAGGGUCUGUUUCUGUUAGUGGACGGCACCGUACCUCCGGGAUCCGGUCUUUCAUCUUCCGCGGCUUUUGUAUGCGCAUCGGCCUUGGCGGUCAUCACGGCCAACAAGUUGCCAAUGUCGAAACAGGAAUUAACCGAAGUCGCCAUUGUCGCCGAACGCAAUGUCGGUGUGAAUUCCGGAGGCAUGGAUCAGAGCGCUUCAGUGUUUGCUCAAAAAGGUUUCGCGCUUCACGUCGAGUUCGUCCCAAAGUUGAAUUGCACGCCCGUGCCUUUGCCAAAAACAAAACCUGAAAUGGUGUUUGUCAUUGCAAACACGUUGGUCACAGCAGAUAAAUUCACCACCGCCUCAAGAAACUAUAAUCUCCGUGUUGUGGAAACGGCGAUCGGCGCACUGAUCAUGGCUAAAAAGCUCGGUAUCCAAGACAACGUGGCAAACUACAAAGAAGUCAUGGACAAACAUUUUAAAGGUCAAAACGUGGACGAAAGAUCGCAACUGAGGGCUAUGUUGAAGUUGGUGGACGAGAUUUUUUCGAAUAGAAAAGGUUACGAGUUGGAAGAACUGGCCGUUCUGAGUGGCACAACCCAAGACGAUUUGGUGAAGCGAUACAUGACGCGAUUCCCUAUUGAGACCGACAUUUAUCGUCUGCAUCAACGAGCCACGCACGUGUUUGGUGAAGCGUUGCGUGUGGUCGAAUUUGACGCUGUUUGCAACAGUCCUCCUUCCGACUCGGAACAAGUCAUGCGCGAACUAGCCGACCUCAUGAAUGCAUCCCAGAAAUCGUGCCGAGAUCUAUUCAAUUGUUCUUGUCCUGAAAUCGAUGAAAUGGUGCAGUUGGCUCUCAGUCACGGUGCGCUUGGAUCACGAUUAUCCGGAGCUGGAUGGGGAGGGGCCACCGUUUCACUUGUACCGAGCAACAAGGUGGAAAACUUCAUCAGCGCCAUCAAGCAAACAUACUACAAGUCACAUUUUCCUAAAUUAUCCGAGGAGGAAUUGGACGACGCUAUUCUGGCGUCGCAACCAUGCAGCGGUUCUUCCAUAUUUGUUGGCUUCUAGAAGUAUCGAAACAUGACCUAAUGUUGAGAAGGGGUUUUCUUUUUUGUAAAAGGAGCGCUCGAGCCCAUUAGGAACCAUCAUAGCGUAAAAUAUGGUUAGACCCAUUUUUACAUUAAACCAUAUGCCAAAGCUUUUUGCAAAAUGUAUCAGGAUGAUGUCAGAUUGUCCCUCAUUGGAUGGUGUCAUGCGUUUUCUCAUGAGUGCCGGAAGUCGAAAUAAAAAAACAGGCGUCGGUUGAAAUUUAGGCUACAA